UGUAGCAAUUCACAGUAGUUUGGGGUCGCGUACAUUGCCUUUUGUUCUUGCGUUCUUAUUGAUUUUGAAAACAAAAUUUGCUUAUUUCAUAGAUAAAAUGGAUAAAGUUCAACAAAAUGAUAACACAAAUCGUGAUGAAUUAAUAAUGCAGCAACAACGCGAAAUUGAAAAGGAGAUAAGUGACUCCAUACCAUUGGUCAGUGAACAAUUGCCAAUAACUUGCCUUAAUGCUGAAUAUCUAGGCGAUGCAGUGUUCACUUCAAAAAUUCAAGAACUCGCUAGCAAAUAUAAAUUCUUACGGCGUACUAGGCCUGAUGGAAAUUGCUUCUUCCGGGCAUUCGCUUACGCUUACCUAGAGCAUUUAAUUUCCAAUAAAGAUGAGUAUCAACGAUUUAAAGAUUUGGCGGACAAGUCAAAAGAUAAGCUGGUGCAAUUAGGUUUCCCUAGCUUUACUCUGGAAGAUUUUCAUGAUACGUUCAUGGAAGUUGUCAAGCGUGUAGAUCCGGCAGCCGGUUCGACAGAGUCAAUGGGUGAGGAGCUACAUAAAGUAUUUAAUGAGCAAGGUUACUCCGACUAUGUGGUUGUGUAUUUGAGAUUAUUAACCUCUGGUAAACUACAAGAGGAGGCUGACUUUUAUCAGCAUUUCAUUGAAGGCAACUUUACCAUUGAGGAAUUUCGUCAUCAAGAAGUUGAGCCAAUGUACAAAGAAUCGGACCAUAUACAUAUUAUAGCAUUAUGCACUGCUUUAGGCGUGGGUGUACGCGUAGAAUAUAUGGAUCGUGGAGACACACAUGUAAAAGCGCACGAUUUCCCAGAGGGAAGUACGCCAAAAGUUUUCUUAAUUUAUCGGCCGGGUCAUUAUGAUAUACUUUAUCCUAAUUGAAUUGCAAAAUCAUAAAACAUUAAAGGAUCAUAGCGUUUGGCCUAGCUACCUACUAACAUAUCGCUCACUUUCUUCAAUAGUGUCACAACUCAAAAAAGCAGCACACAAGAUAAACGGCUUUCAAGUUUGGAAUUUACACAUACUCCCGUAGUAAAAACGAAUACAUAUUUUAUUCUAGUAGAGAGAUAGUGGUAAUCGAUGCAGCUAUGAAACUUUUAUAAAACAUAGAAGAAAUAGCGGUAAUUUUUGCAUACUUACCUCAAAAUACGUAAUUUUUGGAUUAUGACACUAAAUGAGCGAUAUGUAUGUACUUUCUAAUUUACGAAAACUUGCAUAUAUUGAGCACAGAUUACGCGUGGCUGCUUUGAGUUAAUAUCCUAUCACCCACGUACAUAAAUAAUGAACAAGCCCUAUUUAAUCAAUUGAAUUAACAUUGGUAUACAUUGCCUUUAGCACAGAGAGAGAGGAUAUAUUUGAAAUUCAUCAACGAGCUAUAUUAAAAUUUUAAUUCUUUGAAAAUGUAUAGAAAGAUCCUUCUCAAAUAAAUUGUAUAUGCCGAAAAAAAAACGAAUAAAAAACAAAUGGGUCGGUUAUGGAUAGCAAUGCAACCACAGUUGGGUUGCCGAUGGACCAAGCCACUGAAAAUAUAUGUAUAUUUAGAACACCAACUAUAGUAUACUGCUGUAAAGUUACAGAUAAUACAAUUUCGAAAUAGGAAGAAACCAGGCUUGAAUUUAAAAAAGCUGCAAAAUUCUCGCGUCAACCACAAAUAGGCAGUUGCCAAUAACAACAACAGUUGCCAAUAAAGCAACUCAGUUCUUUCAAUUGUUAUCUCUAAUACAAUUUCAGACACUGGCAGCGCAACUGAAGUUCGAUUGCCGUUUGUAAUAAACCCAAAAAUGUUCUUAAAUCGACUUUAA